AUGCAUCAUCUCCACCAAGCGAUUCGUGAAGAUACUAAGAUGAUUGUCCUGUGCAGCCCAAACAAUCCAACCGGAGCAUAUUUAUCAAGCACCGUGCAGAACUCAGUUCUAGAAUUGGCAAAAGCACACGACAUUAUUCUAAUGGCCGAUGAGGUCUUCAGACCGAUGUUCCACUCUCUGCCAAAUGGUGAGAUGGAGCCGGUCUCCUUCCUUGAAAGUGGAUAUGAAAAAUGUAUUGUCACAAGCUCUUGUAGCAAGUCAUAUGGUGUUCCUGGUAUUAGAGUUGGUUGGAUCGCAACACUGUCCAACGACUUCUUAAGUCGUUUCACGCAGAUCCGUAACUAUACCACUAUAAGCGUUGGAUUAAUUGACGAGAUCAUUGCUGCAGAAGCACUCUCCUCAAGAUGUCGCCAACCCUUGAUCCAAAGGAGCCUCGAUUUUGCAAAGGCCAACCUUACAUUCCUUGCGGAAUUCGUUGCCAAGCAUCCACAGAUCACUUGGACACCUACACGUGCUUCAACUUCAACCCUAAUAAGGCUACACAGCAAGGAUGGGUCUCCUCUCAAUGAUCAUGAUUUUGCUCUAGAGUUCGUGAAGGCCAAUAACAUACUAUUCUGCCCCGCCAGUCUCUGCUUUGAGGAAUACGGCCAAGGAUGUCUUCAAGGCUAUGUUCGUUUAGGUAUUGUGAUGCACCCGGAGACUUUUCGUCAUGGUAUGGAGAAGCUUGCAGAAUUUCUGGAAGCAGGCUCGGGCUUGCAAUAG